GUAUUGGAGGCACCUGUUUCUCGCUCGUAAAAUCUGAAAGCACCGCUAGUUGUCGCUCAACUCUGGGCUUUCAUCAAUGGAGAAUGUAUGCACAAUCAUGAAGAACGCCUUCAUCCAAUUGCCCUCUGCUCCUCUUAACACUGCCGGUAGGGUUCCAUAUCUACCGUCGGAGCUGCGGUUCAGGAAGAACUCCCCAGGGAAAUCCGAACUGAAAGCCACCUCUUUUGAUUACUCCAUUGGUGAUGAUUCCAAACGCGAGGCUGUUAGCGUUGAACCUGUUUAUGAGCCUACGCGUCCCAAUCGUCCUCUUCGAACUCCUCACAGCGGGUAUCAUUUUGAUGGAACCGCUAGGAAAUUCUUCGAGGGCUGGUACUUUAAGGUUUCCAUUCCAGAGUGUAGGCAGAGCUUCUGCUUCAUGUACUCUGUGGAGAAUCCUGCAUUCCCCAAGAAAUUGAGUAGACUGGAGGAAUUACAGUACGGUCCUCGAUAUACUGGAGUUGGAGCGCAAAUUCUUGGAGCUGAUGACAAAUAUAUUUGCCAGUACAUCGAUGAAUCUAGAAACUUUUGGGGAGAUAGACAUGAGCUGAUGCUUGGCAGUACUUUUGUGGCGCAAAAGAAUAUGCAGCCUCCGAAGAAAGAGGUCCAUCCUCAGGAAUUCAACAGAAGAGUUUCAGAGGGUUUCCAAGUUACCCCACUUUGGCACCAAGGUUUUAUCGUUGAUGAUGGGAGGACUAAUUAUGCUGAGAUUGUAAAGACUGCACGGUGGGCAUACAGCACUCGUCCUGUUUAUGGAUGGGGAAAUGUCGGGACCAAGCAAAAGUCGACAGCAGGAUGGCUUGCUGCAUUUCCUGUCUUUGAACCUCAUUGGCAAAUAUGUAUGGCUGCUGGACUUUCCACAGGUUGGAUUGAAUGGGAUGGUAAACGAUACGAGUUCAAAAAUGCUCCAUCAUAUUCUGAGAAGAACUGGGGCAAUGGCUUCCCGAGAAAGUGGUUCUGGGUGCAAUGCAAUGUCUUUGAAGGAGCUGAUGGAGAAGUUGCUUUGACUGCCGCUGGUGGGUUGAGACAGCUUCCUGGGUUGAGUGAGAUCUUCGAAAAUGCUGCACUGAUUGGAGUUCACUAUGGUGGAGUUUUUUACGAGUUUGUGCCAUGGAAUGGUGUGGUUACGUGGGAGAUUGCUCCAUGGGGUCAUUGGUGCAUCUCUGCAGAGAAUGACACAUACAAGGUGGAAUUGGAAGCAACAACACGAGACCCCGGCACGACGUUGCGUGCUCCCACAUCAGAGGCUGGCUUCACUCAAGCUUGCAAGGACACUUGCUUCUCGGAACUGAGGCUGCAAUUGUGGGAAAAGAAUUAUAAUGGAACUGCUGGAAAGGUGGUUUUGGAUGUUACAAGUAACAUGGCAGCCGUUGAAGUCGGAGGAGGUCCGUGGUUCAGCCCAUGGAAAGGCAAGACACAAACACCUGAGGUUGCACGUCAAAUUGUCGGACUCCCUGUCGAUCCCGAAGGAGUCUUUGGUUUGACUCCUUUCUUGAAACCCCCUGGCCUAUAAGAUAAAUGCUUUUAGAAUUUUCAAGCACACCCAAGAAUAAAGAGAUAAAGAAUAGAUGCGGAUAAAUAUCGAGAAGUAGAAGAAAUAUUUCAAUCAUUUCUGAUGUAUCCCUCUGCUCAAAAUUGGUUUUACAAAUGCCAGUUUUAUCACAUGGCUAAGCUAAAGGCCUUCUUUCUCCAUUCUUUUUGUUUCUUCUUUUAAGGGGCCAUAAUGCCUGCUACAUAUUAUGAAGUACAUCAUGUUAGCCACACUUAGUCCUCCAAGAAUCAAGUAAUAGUAAUCAUAGUGACCCUUGUUGAUAUUGGUUGAUAUCCAGCUUU